AAAAAAAGAAGCAGGGGCAAGUGGAAAUGCAAUUGUUGAUGUGAUAACAGCUGGUAUCUUCGCUCAACACGUUUCAAUGGCUCAAUUUUGUGUCUCCCCUCUCUGUCAUGCACCUUCUCCUCGUCUUCAACUUCACCGGCAACAACAAUUCUUCUUCCUUUCUCAGCUUAUCGCUCCUCCUUCAACCUAUUCCAACUCCUCUUUCACUUUUGCUGCUUCCACUUCCAAUUUCACCCCCAAUGUCGUCGUUACCAGAGAACGUGGCAAAAACGCCAAACUCAUCACUGCUUUGGCCAAACAUGAAAUCAGUUGUUUGGAGCUUCCACUCAUUGAGCACCUAAGGGGACCUGAUUUUGACAGGCUUCCUUGUGCAUUAAGUGAUAAUGCAUUUGAUUGGGUUGUCAUAACUUCUCCUGAGGCUGGUUCAGUCUUUCUAGAAGCAUGGAGAGCUGCUGGGAUGCCUCGCGUCAGAAUAGGUGUUGUUGGAUCAGGUACUGCAAGCAUUUUCAAGGAAGCUUUGCUGUCUUCAAACCAAUCACUCGAUGUUGCCUUUGCACCAUCAAAAGCAACAGGAAAAGUUUUGGCUACAGAGCUUCCCCAAAUAGGAAAUAAAACCACCAUUCUAUAUCCUGCUUCUGCGAAGGCUAGCAAUGAGAUUGAGGAAGGGCUUUCAAGUCGUGGAUUUGAAGUUACAAGGAUGAAUACAUAUACAACGGUGCCAGUUCAACAUGUUGACCAGAUGGUUCUAAAACAAGCACUUGCUGCCACUGUUGUUACAGUAGCUUCACCAUCUGCAAUUCGGGCCUGGAAGAAUCUCAUUUCAGAUUCUGAUUGGAGCAAUUCUGUUGCAUGCAUUGGUGAGACAACUGCUGCAAUGGCAAGAAGAUUAGGCUUCAGAAAUGUGUACUACCCAGCACAACCAGGCCUUGAAGGUUGGGUAGAAAGCAUCCUUGAAGCAUUAGGAUCCUAUGAUGAAUUAUUGAGGUAGUUUUCUGCCCAUCAUAUCAAUAUGGAGAUGUUUCCAGCUAUUUCUUUGUGCAGCAUAUAUUUGAUUAAUGUAUUGAAUUGACAUUAUGGACGGAUUUACUUUCUCUUCUCUGUUCAGUAGAAUUAGUCUCAUGAGAUUAUUAUGUGCUAGUAGUAAAUAAUUAUCAUCAUGUAAAUACCAGUCUUCUAUUUAUUUAUCACCAAUUGAAAAGAGCACUCAAUGUGUCCUGAACUUUGAGGAGUGUCAAACUGUCAAUGGUAUUAAGAAGUGUUAUUUACUGUAAA